CACAAUAUUUCCCAUAUAAAGUAAACCUUAUGGUUCAUUGUCUUUUAAUUCUAUGCUUGAGUUCAUUAUUCUAUAGCUCAGCAGCAUGGCUAGUAGUUAUUUUCUCCUACUUGUUUUAGUUCUUUCUGUUUUCUCAGUUUCUGCUGAUGUGUUUGUGAGCCUAGAUUGUGGAUCUUCAGAAGCAUACACUGAUCAUGAAACUUCAAUAGAUUGGUUAGGAGAUGUUGACUACGUAGCCAAUGGAGAAUCUCAUGUUGUACCAUCCAACAACUCAAUAUCACACGUAAUGGACACUCUAAGAGUGUUCACAAGCAGGACCAAAAAUUGUUUCCUGAUUGAUGAAAUCGAAAAGGGUGGAAAAGUUCUAAUUCGAGCUAGUUUUCACUAUGGAAAUUAUGAUGGGAAAUCAAAUCCACCAUCAUUUGCACUUCAAUUUGAUGGAAAUCAUUGGGCCAGUGUGUCAACUAUGAGUGAUCAACUUGUAUAUUAUGAGACAAUUUAUGUCGUUAAAGGCGAUUACCUUACUGUGUGUCUUGCUCAGACAGAGGAAAAUCAAUUCCCUUUUAUCUCAGCACUUGAAGUUCGUGGCUUGGAUUCUACUAUGUAUAGUCAUGUUGAUGAUAAUCAUGCUUUGUUCUUGAGAAGAAGAGUUGCUUUUGGUUCCAAUAAAACUAUCAGGAACACAGAUGAUCCCUAUGACAGGAUAUGGGCUCCUGGUUCUGGAAGUUCAAUAGAAACACUCACUAGUGAUGCCUCAACAAUUGACACUAGUCAUGGAGAUCAACCCCCACAACAAGUGUUACAAAAUGCAAUUUCCACAAACAAUUCAUUAAGUAUCAUAUCAUGGAACAUGAAUUUUCUUCCUAUUGAUAAUGUUAUCUACAUGAACAUGUACUUCUCUGAAGUAACUCAACUUGAUGACAACCAAACAAGAUCAUUUAGAAUUUUUCAAGACACUGAGUCUAUCUCUGAACCAAUUUUGCCACCUUAUGAGGAUUUUAUUCAAAUGUAUGUUAGCAAUGUCACUGUUUCACCAUCCACUGUUUUUUCUGUUGUGAGAACCACAAAUUCAACACUUCCUCCUCUUAUCAAUGCCUUGGAAAUAUUCACUACUAGUAAUGCAUUGAGUGAUGGAACAAACACCCAAGAUGUGGAGACUUUAAUAUCAUUGCAAAAGGAAUUUGAAGUAUUACAAGGCUGGAUUGGUGAUCCUUGUCUUCCAUCACCUUUUACGUAUGAUUGGAUCAAUUGUAGCAGCAGUGAUCCACCUCGCAUUACAGCACUGUACUUGAGUAAAUUCAAUCUAUCAGGAUCACUUCCAGAUUUUAGUUCCAUGGAUGCUCUUGAGACAAUUGAUUUGAGUAACAACAAUUUGGAUGGACCUAUUCCUGAUUUUUUUGGCACAUUACCGAAUCUUAAAGAACUGAAUUUAGCAAAUAACAAGUUCAGUGGACCAGUCCCUGCUUCAUUGUCAAACAAAAAUGGCCUAACCUUAGAUACUUCAGGCAAUUCAGAUUUGUGCAGUUCAUCAGAAGAAUCUUGCCAAAAUAAUGACUCAUCAUCACCAGGAAAUGAUCAGCCAACAACUGGAUCAACCAAUAAUAAUAAGAAGAAGAAGAAGAAAAAAAAUAAUUUGCCAAUAAUACUGGGAACUACAAUAUCAGCCUUCUUGCUUCUGUGGGCUAUUGUGGGUAUUUUUGCUAUUUUACACUACAAAAACAAAAGGGCUGCUACAUCUCUUAUCAAUCCAGGGCAAGCUAGUGGAGGCAGCACCCCUUUUGUAGAUAGAGUCCAAAUGUCUGAAAAAAUUGAAAAGAAUCCAGAGGUUACUGCCCAUGAUCAUGAAAACUCAACAAAUGUUUAGCUUUACAUGUUUCUUAAUUUCAAAAAGAAGAUUAAUGCAAGGUUAAUUAGAAAUAUCAAAUUUAUUAUUAAGUUGGCUAGCAAGAAAAUAAUACAUGUAAUGUAAUGUAAUGUUUAAGAUUUUGUAAUUUGUUGUAAUUAAUUUUCUUACUGUUUUUGGAUCAUAGUGACUUUGUUUACUUAA